AGCUCCUAUCUCUCUCUCUGUCUCUCUCUCUAUCUCUGUAAUCUAAAACUCCUACUCCUGCUACUACUUCUUGUCAUCAUCACCCUCAUCUUCUUGUGUUUUAGACCAACCCAUAUCUUUGUUUCUUGUGUACAUUCAAAGCAAAAGAGAAACUGUUACUAGACAUGGGAAGGGAAUGGUAUUAUUGGGGUGGUGGUAAAACCUUGAAGAAAGGUGGUGGUAGUGGUGGUGGUGGCCGUGAAGGUGGGAGAGAGGGAGAGAAAGAUACUGCUAAUUUAUCUACUAGUUGUAUGUGUGCUGUGUUUCAGUUAUUUGCUUUAAAUCAGUUUCAACAACAGCCUUCUAACGUUCUUCAGCCCAACUCUUUCCUUCCUCUGCAGGAUCAUCCAAUCCCAAAAGGUGUUGAAGCACCCAGGAAUAGCUUGGAAUUGGAAGAGGAGCCUUCAUUGCCAUCAUCAAAAGACGAAAAUCUCAAUAUCCCUAUUGGUAUUCAAAUUAAAACAAAAGGAGUUCCAAAUGAUUCAUCUUCAUCAGAGAUCAGCUCUUCUCCAGGAACCAAGACACCAAAUUUGGUAGCUAGACUUAUGGGGCUUGAUCUUCUUCCUGAUCAUCUUACCAACUCGCCAAGCCAUUCUUCUUCAUCAACUCUUGGCACACCAAACCUUCCACCAAAAUCCCAUUUUCAUAACCAAAAUUGCAGACCUCAACAACCACGUCCUCUCCAUAGCAAAACAAGUAGCCCUCGAAGUUAUUUGGACCAUGAUUUUUCAGGCACCCGUUCUUUGCCUGAGACACCAAGAAUAUCGUCAGCUAGAAGAUCAGAUGUAGAGCACCGUUUGUCACUCCAAAUCAACAAAGAAAAUGUAAGUGAAGACUUGAUGCUCUCUCGUCUCUCAUCUUUGAAAAGAAUAGAGCUCAAAGUUGAAGAAGAGAACAGCAGUCCAGGCCACUAUGCGAGGCAAAUUGUGAAGCAAGUUAAAGAAAGUGUGACCAGGAAAGUCGGCUUGGAUAUUACAAACACGGUAAGAAAUAGAGAGCAAACAAGAAGAAGAGAUCAAGAGCUUGAGCUUAUUAGUCAAUACAAGUCCAAGAAAAUUCUCUCCAAAGUUCCAAGUAGCACAAAAAUUGUUGAUGUUACAGGUAAUAGUCCAGGAAACCAUCAUGUUACCACAACUUCUUGCUCUCCAAGACUCAAAUUCUUGGAACCCAAAAACAAGCCAAUCACAACUCUACCUUGCGAGGACCACAAUAAUAAUUCUCAUUCUAAAAAACCAUCACUACUUCUGUCUCAAAAUACCAAACCUUCAACAAAGCCAGAUUUGCCUGAGGUCCUCCUGCAGGAUCAAUGCCACCAUCAGCAUCAGCAGAGACCUUCCAAGAAUUGCAAGAAAGUGACUGAAGAAAAAUAUGAUCCACCACCAUCAAGACUCAUCGAGAAACCUCUAAAAUCAUCAGAUAUUAUCAGAACCAACAAGGAAGAUCCAUUUGUACUUUCAACAUCAGUUACAAGAACCAAUAUUCCUGACAAGAAAUGCAAGAAAACCCCAUUAUCAAAUGACCUCACCAUCUCUCUGCCAACUCUCCUUCCUGUCAAGAAAGACCCUACUCCUCCAGCGACAAAAAUCCCUCAAAAACAGGUAUCAAAUGUUGCUCAAGAAUCGAAAUGGAGCUCACAGUUAUCUAGUUGUUCGAGCCAGUCGUACAAACAACAACAAGCGACGCGUAGGCUCGAUUCCCAAGAAAAUAACAAUGAGGAUAGGUGUAAUAACGGUGUCGCCACCAAUAUUAUCCCCACCGGAGAUGGAGCAUCAGGAGAAGAAUAUGAGUACAUUACUAGAAUACUAAAACGUACAGGUGUAGACAAAGAUACCCCGGUGUCUUUUACUAGGUGGUUUUCUCCUUCUCAUCCUCUAAACCCUUCGACUUUUUACUACCUCGAACAUCUUACCACUCCUAGCUAUGUUACCAGUACUUGUGAGAAUAAUCGCACCUUAAACCGUCGAAGCAAUCGAAAAUUGUUGUUCAAUCUUGUUGAUGAAAUUUUGGUCGACAUUUUGCGUCCAUACAUCAACAUGAAACCUUGGAGUCGUACUAGGUUAGGCAUGCUUAGUCAGCAGGAUCCAAUUAGUCACAUGAAUGGGUCGCAUUUGGUUCAAAUGUUAUGUACAAAGCUUAGGAGCUUCCCUUGCGCUGAUUGCCACGAUCUCAAAGACAUCGAUGGGUUAAUAGACAAAGAUUUGGCCCAAUUGAAGGAUCAAAGUGAAAUUGCAUUCGGAGAAGAAGGUGAAAGGAUUGUAAUGGAAGUGGAGAAGGACAUCAUGGACACAUUAAUACAUGAAACGGCUAUGAUUUUUUAUGGUGAAUAACGAAGUGGAUCGAUUAAUUACCAUAAGUUAGACAAUAUUAGACAAUAUUCGAGUAGAGUUAUGGGGAUGGAUUCAAGUGAUGGUAGAGAGACAAGAGAGCAGAAGGGUCACAUGGGUUAUUCACGUGAUGAGAUGCUAUAUGUUAGGGGGGGUCCAAACUAAAGGUUGGGACUUGUAAAAAAGAGGUUGGUCUACAAGUGGAGAUUCAGACUCUUUUAUCCGACAACAACACACCUGCUAUCUCAUUGGCUCUUGAAAGACAGCAACUAUUGACAGAGGAUUCCAUUCCUCUCUCUCUCCCUCUCCCCCCCCUCUCUCCCUCUCUCUCCCCCCUGUAAGUAUAUUGUAUAGUAUAUCUAUCACCUUUUCCUUUAUUUGAUGAUGUUCUUUUUAAUCUUAAAACAGAUCGGGUUCUUAGUAGUGGUCCUGUAAUGGUGUAAUAUACGGUUUUGUACCUUCAUCUGUGAUUUUUCAGAUUGUCAUCAUCAGAUGGACCAUCAUGGUGUCCAUGAUUAUGUGUUUCAA